GUGUACACGCGACCCGAGUGAGCGUGACCUACUAUUGGUGCUCAGGCUAACGUUGUUUAACUCACGUGGGGUAGUUCAGAUCGCUAUCCUGAGCGUAAUGCGUAAUUUAUAUUUAUUUUAUUGAAUAUUCACGGAGGUCCAUGUUCGAACGGGUCCACACACAGUGAUAUUAAACAUUAAAGCGAAUAGAAAUACUAGCUUUAUCAGUUUGUUUGUGUUUGUGGUUUAUUUGUUUAAACAGUGGAUGUGUGCAUUGAAUGCUCUUGGAAAACUUCUGUUUUCUUUGGCGCUUGAUGAAAACUUACUUUUAAUUUAAAUCCUCCAUGAAUCCUUUCUUUUUGAAUCCAAUAUGGAAUGGGUUCUUCGAAGUCCACAAAUUCACAGCACUUUCAGCAAUCUUGGAUUACUACAUGCAGAUGGAUAUCACAUAAAUGAGAAUUGCAAUGCGGCGUUGGAGACCAUUCUCCAAAACAUCAUAACAGAAGACAAAUACCUGCGUACAUAUAGAAGAAGCAUUAGUUUCGGCCAAAACAUCAAGAAAGAUCUCAUACCGCUGCUAAUCCACGCCAAGGAAGAUACGACGAUAGAACUUCUAAUCAGGAUACUUGUGAAUUUGACGAUUCCUAUCGAAUGUCUGCUCUCGGUUGAUGUGAUUUCUAGAAAUGAUUUUGGGAGGCAUACUAUAUUUGAAAUCAAUAAUUUACUUUCGUCAACUAAAGUAGCUUUUACUGAUCAGCGAGCAACUAAAGUUGUAAUAGAUUUUUUAAAGAAAAAUGUCGAUUUUGAACAAAAGACAAAAUUGUCUAAAGAGCAUUGUACAAAUAUUAGUAACAGCCUUUUGUUGCUUCGAAACAUCUUACAUAUACCAGAGGAGCCCAGUAGUCAAAGUCCUAACUACAAUGGACCUCCUCAUGCAGUACAGAAUCAAAUUUUGUGGAAUAUAUUUAGUCAAAGCAUUGAUAAAGUUCUCAUUAAGUUAAUGAUAAUUCCGGAUGCGAAUAAAUGGGCAGUAACGAUGGUACAACUUAUAGCUUUGUUGUAUAAAGACCAACACGUUGUUACUUUGCAUAAACUCCUUAAUCUAUGGAUUGAAACUUCUUUAUCUGAAAGCUCAGAAGAUAAUGAGAGCAAUACAUCUCCUCCAGAUCGAGGCAUGUGUUCUUCGCCGAUGUGUACAUCGGAGCAAACGUCGGAUUCAUCAGACACCGGUGGCAGCGGGAAAAGUAAUGAUGAUCCUAAUUCUGAAAACAAGGGCUGGGAUGCUUCUUCCGAAGUCAACAGUUCUAAUGAGAAUGCUAAUCAACCAUUUCGUACACCUGAAGUAAAGAAGUCAGAUGACAAAAAGAAGUAUUCAAUGGUAAAUAGCAACGAUGACACGAUGAAGUCGGAUAACGAAAAAGCUUCAUGCAGCAGUGGGAUUCAAUCUGAAAGAAGUGAUCAGGGACAAUCUGGUCAACAAAACGGAAAAAAGAAUGUAAUUUCGGAAACUUCGGAUUGUGGUUAUGGUACACAAAUCGAAAAUCAAGAGUCGAUCUCAACCUCGAGUAACGAGGAUGAGUUGCCGUCAAAGAAGCCUGUUCACCAGAAGCCGCAUAACCCUAAACAAAGAGCCAACACAAAAGUGCGCUCCGGCAUCACCAUGCAGGACCGGAAGCGGAAGAAAAUUGUCAAAAGGGGCAAAUCAAACAUAAUCAACGUGCAGGGCUUGUCGCACAAGACACCAACAGAUGACGACAUAUCUAACGUAUUAAAGGAGUUCACCGUUGAUUUCCUGCUAAAGGGAUAUAAUUCCCUGGUCCAAACACUUCAUAAUCAAAUUCUUACUAAUUUGCAACUGGAAAUUGAUACAUCUCAUUUUUUCUGGCUCGUCACUUAUUUCCUCAAGUUCGCAUCACAAAUUGAACUUGACUUGGAGCAUGUUUGUUCGGUGCUGUCUAUUGACAUUGUGUCCUACUUGACCGCGGAAGGGGUCAAUUUAUGUGAACAGUUUGAGUUGGCUAUCAAACUUGACGGUAAUGAUCUGAAGCCUAAUAUACGGAGACUGCAUUUGGUUGUUACAGCCAUUAGAGAGAUAAUCCAGGCUAUAGAAGUGUACAAAAAGUUUACACAUAUUUGCCAGGAAGACCAGGAUGCUCUUCUUAAGUUACAGUUCCAAAUGUGUGAGACCGAAGAACUUCGAUCGCUUUUCGUUUUGCUUUUGCGCCAUUACAAUCCGAAGUAUCACUCCAAACAAUAUUUACAGGAUGUCAUAGUGACGAAUCACAUAUUGUUGAUGUUUUUGGACAGUGCGAUGAAGUUGCCUGAUUACAAUGGUUCCACCAAUAUGCCCGACCAUAUCAGACAGUUUGCGUCAUCAGAAAUUAUGUACCAGUACGGGUUGUUGCUUGAGGACUAUGCCGGUAACGGCGAGUUCGUCAAUGAUUGCAUAUUUACUUUGAUGCACCACGUGGGAGGAGAGCUUGAAAGUUUGAUAACAUUGUUUCAGCCGAAGAUUUUAAAGACAUUUACUUCCAUUUGGAAAACUGAAUUCGAAAUUUGUGAUGAUUGGUCGGACCUGAUAGAGUAUGUGAUCAAUACUUUCAUCAAGAAGCCGCACACCCUCCAAAGUACAGCCAACUUCCGACUGGAUAAUGAGAACUUUGACGACGACAAAACUGUUGCCAAGCCCACUGCUACUCUCGCAGCUCAAUCAAAGCCUGAAACUGAGAUCAAGAAGAAGUCUGCUAAUAGUAACGCUAGCAGUACCAAGGAAAAGUUACUCUCCAGUUGGACGGAAGAUGAACUGUCAUCGUUGAGUUGGAACUACAUGCAAUGCAGUGCAUUACCCGAUGUAGUCGGAGAGAUUAUUAAAUUGUAUAAGGAGGAUGAUAUCGUUAAGUCGAGGGACUCUGUUAUUAAAGAGUUGUUCAAACAAAACCUUAUAAGUAAAGAUGAAUUUGAUAAAUUUAUAUCCGGGGAAAAUGACAGAAGAUCUAAAACGGUACAGGCUAAUAAGGAGAAGAGAGAUGAUGAGAUCAGCAAGCUAUGUGAACAGCUGACGCAAGACGGGAAGGCCAAGUCUCUGGACUGGGUACAAAAAGUUUUAUUGGAAACAUGUUUCGCUAAAAUAUACCUGGAAAAGUUAGCUCGGAAAUCUGAUGCGGAAGAAGACGAAGACGAAGGUGAAACAAAACUAACAACUUUGAGGAAGUCUAAUGAUCUGCAUGUGCUGUCGCCAGUCUCGUACCAUUCACUUCUUUUCAACCAAUCGGUGGCUCUGGUUCCCUGGAACUGCAAGCAGGCGGCGAUCUGUAAAGACCUGAAGUUCCUGCAGCUGUUGCACAAGCUCGGUUUUUACAUGCCCGUGGACUCUGGGAAAGUUUUCAUACGUAUACCUCACUUCUGGUCGGCGGACUUGCUCUAUGACGUAGCGGCUAAAAUUUCACCGAUUGACGAAUCGAAUCUCAAGUUCUCUAUAAAUGAUAUCAGUAACAGUAGCGUUACAAACACCGUUCCUCAAGAAAGUCUGAUGUUGCCUGAGCUUACAAAAGACAUCACGAUGAUUGAGAGUCCGGAAAAUUUCUACCAAAUACACAAGCAGAAACACCUCGCUACCAUGGUGAACUUCACGCCAAUGCCUGGCUCUUCGUUUAAUUCGGAAUCCGGAGAUGUUGAGAAACAAAAUUGGUUGGAAGUUGUACAAAAAUCACAAGAGUACAAAAUCGCUCUGAACUUGGGAAGCGGUAUCGUCAAAGACGAGGAUUCGUCGUCGGACAUCGUGAUGCAGCUGCCGGUGAAGGAGGCCGAGGCGUGCGCGGCGCCGCUGCUGCUGGCGGGCGCGGCCGGCCCCGCGCUGCCCGCCGCGCUGCACACCAAGCCCGACGCCGCGCACUUCAGCGGGCCCGUCGCCGAGGCCGAGUACUACAGUGUGUGCGAAACAGCAUCGGUCGCCUCUGACCUAACUCGCAUGUAUGUGUCGGACGAAGACGAAAAACCCGAAGUCCUCAUACGACCCGUUAUUGAAAUAAAACCCCUGAGUGAGGACCGCGGCGAUGACGUGGAUGAAGAUAACGAAGGGAAACGCACAAGGGUGCAGUUUUAUACUCCUUUCUAAAAAGGAUUCGUUAAGUAGAAGAAAGUUAGUGUUUGUUUUGUAUUGGUGGAUAUUAUACGUGGAAUAGUUAAUGAAGAUUCUUAUCCGCUGUUUUAAGUACCAAACUAUCGCAACGUUUUAUUUAGUUUCGCUUCUUUUUACAAGAUUUUAUAUAACAUGUUAAGUAAGUUUAAGAUAAGUUAAGUUUGUAUUUUUACAUAAAACACGGAAUGUUAAGUGUUUGACGGUGUCAUAUUAUUAUCAUCUGAAUCAUUGUGUAACUCAUGCUUUCGAAAGGACUUCCGUCAUGCACACACGUAAUACCUACCCUGUAUGCAUUCCUAAGUUAUAAACGAAAUUUUAAUUAUGUUAAUUAAUAUUAAAGUAUAUAAUAUAAAUGUAUUGUAGUGGAUGUUACCAGUAGUUUAAAAGUGUGUGUUAGAAUAUGUAUGUCAAAUUAAUGUUAUUUUAAAAAUAAUUUUAUUAGAAUUAAGUGAUAAUAAUGACACAGGAAAAUAUAUGGAUUUCGGAUUAAA